GACUAGUGAUUGACUGAUAGUAGUGUUUCUCAAAUCUCAUACACCGUACUUCGUAUCUUUCCGUUUUCUAUCACUCGCAUUUUUCUCUCCAAAUCAAUGUACAAUCUAUACCUUGAUUGCUAAUUUGACCCCUUUUCAAUUCCAAUUUCAAUCAUCAAUUUAAUCCCCCAAUUAUCAUCACCAAAUUCACAAUUUGACAAUUUCGCCCCCAAUUUUCUGGGUUUUCAUCAAAAGCCUGAAUCCUCUCUCCUCUAAUUAGGGUUCAUUUGAUUUUCUAAUUUAAUCUGUAUUUUACCGUAUUAUCACUCUACCAUUCCCAAAUUUUAGCUCCCCGAAUCCUAAAAUUUACCCCCUUUCAAUUGCAAUCUAUUCCAAAUGGAUUGUUGAAAUUUCCCUAAAAUUGCUCAGAAAACCCUUUAUUUUUUAAUUGCACCCAAGUAUAUUUGAUUUGAUCAGAAAUGCUCUCUACAUCGAGCUCUUCUUUGUUUCCUUUACCUUCGUAUAAUGUAUAUUCUCGUUCUUCCAUAUUUUCUGGUACUAUUACGUCGAAUUCUUGGAUUUUUAGGCAGAGGAAAAUUCUUUGUUCCUGUAUGACAUCUUCAAGAAAUGUGAACGAGGGCAUUUCCCCUUUCAAAUUGAGUGAUUCUUCUGAUAUGAAGAUUAUAAACUCAAUUGAUGAACCUGAGGAUGAUUCGGAUGUGCUUAUCGAGUGUAGAGAUGUGUACAAGUCAUUUGGGGAUAAACACAUACUAAGAGGUGUAAGCUUCAAGAUCAGACAUGGAGAAGCAGUUGGAAUAAUUGGACCUUCUGGUACAGGAAAAUCCACCAUUUUAAAAAUUAUUGCUGGACUUCUUGCUCCAGACAAGGGCGAGGUCUACAUUCGAGGGAAAAAGAGAGAAGGAUUGAUCAGUGAUGAGGAAGUCUCAAUAUCUGGUCUUCGUAUUGGCUUGGUCUUUCAGAGUGCUGCAUUAUUUGACUCUUUAACUGUGCGUGAAAAUGUUGGUUUCCUUCUGUAUGAAAAUUCUAGAAUGCCGGAUGAUCAAAUUUCUGAGCUUGUAACUGAAACUUUAGCCGCAGUAGGACUGAAGGGGGUCGAGGAGCGGUUACCUUCUGAACUGUCAGGAGGGAUGAAAAAACGAGUUGCCUUGGCUCGUUCAAUCAUCUUUGACAUCACAAAAGAUACUGUAGAACCAGAGGUGCUUUUGUAUGACGAGCCAACGGCUGGACUUGAUCCGAUUGCAUCAACGGUUGUUGAAGACCUGAUCCGAUCAGUUCAUAUAAAAGGUGAAGAUGCAAUGGGAUUGGCUGGGAAGGUUUCAUCAUUUAUAGUUGUUACUCACCAACAUAGUACCAUCGAAAGAGCAGUUGAUAGGUUGAUUUUCCUGUAUGAGGGGAAGAUUGUUUGGGAAGGACUGACUCAUGAAUUUACCACCUCAACUAGUCCCAUUGUUCAACAGUUUGCUUCAGGGAGUUUGGAAGGACCGAUCAAAUACUAGCAAAGGCUUUCUUGGAAAACUCAAGUUUGCUAUUGGGAUGUCUAAACAGAAAGAUGUUGCAUUUUCUAAGAGAAGAUGCUGGCCAUUUGUGUGGUUGGUCUUCUGCAAACAGAAGAAUACAACAUAACCAGAAACCUUUUAAACGAGGAUUGUCCUUACGAUUGCUUCAAAUCUCGGAUCUGUUGCUUAAGAUGCAACCUUUACACAGAUUUGGCAAUCAUCGCUGAAGAUGGGAAUGCAAAUCCAACUACGUAGUUCUUUCCCGUUCAUUCGGGUAACCACAUUUGGAUUUCAGGUCGUCUGUGCUCUUGUUGCUGUGAUCUGAGUAAUAUACUGGCCACACACUUAUUGUUUUGUCGAUUUAACUGUAAUUUUUUGGGUAUUUUAUUAUUCAUGGGUGGGGAUUGUAGAAUGGGAAGCAUUAGGUUUGUGUGAAUCUAGGAACUGAUCCAGUUUACCUUAUCUUGUUCCUGAACCUGAUGUCCUGAAUGUAUGCAUUUUUUGCAAGAGCACAAAGAGUGUAUAUUUACUGGAUACAAGCAGAAUUCCUUUUGGCAUGUAAAUUACUACCGUUGUCCCGAAAUAACACGCUACAUUUUGAGUA